AUGACACGGUUUCAAGAGUUGCUGCUAAAUGUAUUAUUAUUUCUUAGUAUGGUGACGUUAAUAAAGGCAAGAAUUACGGUCUAUAAAUGUCAAGAUUCAUCACCGAAGGCCUCUUGUAGACAAGAGUGCUAUGAAGACUGCAAAGUGUCGUGCGGACAAGCUGAUCCUCAACUUAAGUCAUGUGAACAAAAAUGCCUAGAUCAUGGAUCGUGCGAUUUGAAAUGCGUUACCAAGGAGACCUGUCACCAGGACUGUGAAUCGCUGCUAACUUGUGGAUCAGUAUUUUGCAAAACAGCCAGCUGCACUCAACGCUGCGAUGAAGGAAUGUGCAACAUGAGUUGCAGAGCGACUUCUCACUGUAAACAGCAGUGUAAUGCAGGAUCGUGUCACCUUAAAUGUGCCAAAACUAGUGAGAGAUGCAAACAGGUGAGUAUGGGAGCACUUUAGUAUAAAAUAGUGAGAAAAUGUGUCUUUCAAAAAAAAAGACGACGCCUCAUUUUUUUUCGCCAGGGCUAUUGGGUUUUUGCUAAAACGUCGCUUUGUUGACCACGUGAUCAAAAGAAACAAGACAUGAGGUGUAAAUUAGUCAAUGAGUCUUUAGUUACCCAGUCCUAACCUGGUCCUAACCUUACCCAGUAACCCUAACCUCAAACCAUAACCCCAGCUUACCUAAUAACUUGACUCACAACUGGCAUUGACUCCUAGGAGUCACAAAAUAAGCUGUUUUCUCAAAAGAAACGUCAGGCUCUGGAUAAUAAAGUCACGUUUUACUCAGACUUGUGCACAGCAUGUGUUGAGGAACGGAAACCGUGAAGUGGUUAUUUCAUCAACGGGACAGAACACACAAAGGGCCCUAAGACAUUGAUUUGGAUUAGACAAAAAUUAUAGCAGGUGACACACUCGAACACCAAGCCAAGGUUUAAGCGGCGGUCGGACAAGUAUCUUACGCAUGCGCACUUCCAUAUCGACCAAGCUGAGGAGUGUUUCUAAUGAGUGUUUGCUUAUGUUGGCAAAAGUAGAGGCAGAGAGGGGAAGUGUACUUUUUUCCCGUUCUCCUACUUUUGCCAUUUAUACCAGCCAGGAGACCAUUAUCUGACCUGUGACAGGAGCACUGAGACGGGAAGGACAAGGACGUUCCCUAAUCCGUUUUCUCGGUGGUCUCUUGGUGUUGCAAACGAGCUUAAUCACCAAUUAACGUAUACACAAUAUUGAAAAGACACUGAGCAGUACCUACACCACAACGCAAAAGCAAACCAGCAAUGGUUUCCGCAACAUCAAAAAACAUCCCUUUUCUCCUACCUCAUCUUCGAUCCUACUAAUUACUUCUUUCUCCUCCUUUCCCUUCAUCUCUCCUCUUUCCCUCCUACUUUGCGAGAAACUAUCAUCUAACCUGUGACCGGAGAGCAGAUACAGAAAGAGAAAAUGUGCUCAAGAAAUCUAGUCCCCUGCCUCCUUACUGUAACCUACCAACUCCCCCAACUCCUUCCUCUAGUUAUACUGCAAUGACCCUAUAUUGUUUACCCAACGUUAUAGUCAUGCUGGGAAGGCAGCUGCCCAACAUUCUGCAGUGCUAAGCGUUCAUGUGAUCAAAACUGUGAAUACGGCGAAUGUCCAAUGACAUGUACCACAGACGAUUGCAUUCAGUCCUGUACAGGCGGAAAGUGCAGAAUGAAAUGCAGAACCAAGAACAGUUGUGAGCAGCGGUGUUCAUCGCUGCGCAGAAUCUGUCCAUUGGUUGAAUGUCAUAGUAAAGAAAAAUCAUGCGAACAGGUGAGCUUUACACUUCCUUUACAACUCAACCUUAAGGGUGGAAGACCUUCUCACCAGAAACAGAAUAUCCACUACCCGGGGGGGGAGGGUACUCCUUAUAAUGACUUAUACGGUGAGGCUCCGCCCGAAAGGGGUAUCUUUUUCAGACUUCAGGUAUAUAAAAGGGUAGGGACUUUACUCGUUGAGGUAUACGAAAGGGCAGGGAAAUCUGUCAUGCGGUUCUGUGAAAGGGCCCAAAGGGUUAACAGAUGAAUUUUAUGGCUUUUAAUGUCGAGAAAACGUUCUAUUUUUGUGAUUGAUUCUUAUUUAAACGACAGUGCAUUUACAGCAUUUAAAAUGGAUGCACAGUUCUCGACAACUUAAGGUAUGUGAAAGGGAUACCAUUUGUCAAUAGAAGGUAUACGAAAGGGGUACCGUUUUCGUGAAAUGGUAUACACCUAUUUCAAUUAAGGUUGCUCCCGCGAACCAUGUUUCAUAGCCUGCAGUACACUAUGGGAAACUUUUGUAGCGGAAGCUUAGUCUUGUUCACGUUCCUUGAAAUAAUGGAGACGAUUUGUGAGAAGGUGUUCAAGACAGCUUUCAAUUCAAAUGGCUGCUAAAAUUCUUAAGUGAGCUGAAAAAUUUCACUUUUAAGAUCUCAUGGUAAAAAAUUAGAAGCCUCUUCUUUUAACAACAUUAAUUGAAUAGGGUUUUGCUGCGUUUUUGCAUGGGUCAGCCUAAAAUGCUGGUUAUUUUAAUAAAGCAAAUCCAUGCUAUUCUUCUUUUUAACUCUGUUUUAAAAUAAUUGCCUCAAAAGUAGAUAAACACGUAAUGUUAGUUAUUUAUUGCUGUUCGACAAACGCCUUGAAUUAGAUUUUUUUCAACUCCAUCCAAAAUUCCCAAGUGCACGAGUCAAACAAACUCUUUGAAAAUUUGUAGCAUUUGCAUAUCACUACAGAGAAAAACCUAACCGCAAAUCACCGUCUUAAAUCAAAAAGCGAUUCAGUGUUUUGAAAUACAUUGUCUUAACGUUCUGCUGACAUCGCAUAGAAGCGUUAGGAGCGUUUGCUUUCUAGGUUUCUAGGCUCGUUGUAGGCACAUAAUUGACUAUACCUGCUACAAUAAUGCACCGCGGGCUAUGAAACAUGGAUCGUGCAUCAUUCUUCUCAGAAGCAACCUAAAUUGAAAUAGGUGUAUAGAAGGGUAAGGGGUUGGACCUCGGGGCGGAGCCUCCCCGUAUAAAAAUUUGUUCAGUACCCCCCGGGAUUAAUUAUUACUCCUAGAUUGAGGAUGGUUGAUUACUAUUUACAUGGACAAACUGGUUGGUUGACGGUUUGGGUAAAUGGUAAGAAAAAUUCAGGACUGGUAAAUUUCACUCCGGAAUCCCCUUUCAAUUUGUACAAAUCAGUUUCAUUUUCCGAAAAAAGGCCCCUGAAGCCUGAACCUGGUGUCAAAGAUGGCUUUGAUCGAUCGAAGAAAUGCAACACGAAUUUCCGUUGGAAAAUUCCGCUCAGGAAAACAGGAUUGCCUUAUCAAACGGUCCAAUCCGUUGCUCCCGAAAAUGUUUCACUGAAGCGACCUAUAUUUUCUGUAUGUUAUUCAUAGAUGGACGGGGCCGAGAAGAUGUUAAUCCGCGCAAAAGAACAGGGCUACCAGUACUGCAACGGUGGAGGCUGCCAUCAAAACUGUACAUCAGAAUUUAGAUGUUAUCAAAAAUGCAGAGGGCGAUGCCCUCAACAUUGCACAACAGGUGAGAGAUGUGAGCAGUCGUGCUCCAUCGACGGAAAAUGUCAUCAGUCCUGCAGCUCCAAUUCCUGCGUACAACGCUGUGACAAGGGUGCAAACUGUAACAUGACCUGCAAAGCCAGGGAGCGUUGCGUACAGGUACUAAAUAAUAAUUAUCAUAAUAAUGGUCUUUAUUUCCACCAGAUAAAGAUACAUAUCCUACGAUUUGAACGAAGAGCAACCUUAGCAACCUCGUUCCUUGGGAGGGGAGUGAAUGAGGUUGGGCGGAGAAAUGGAAUAUUUAGAUCGAUUAGUGAUCUUUAUUUUAACAUCAACGGGAUCAUCCCUCGCUGCUUCUGCUGUUUGAGCGAGCGAAGAGAUUCCGACCGCAGUCCCGUAUCCAGGGUCUAAAUAGAGCUGAAAGAGAGAGAAAGCUUGAAUAUUAAGAGCGAAAAAAAACGGGAAAGAGGCAGGCUUUCAUUUUGCAAUAAGAGCUGGGAAUCGCCAGAAAUCUGGAAUCAGAAUGCUCUCAUUCUGAUUUAAUUUUGACUUUAGGUCUAUUUUAGACAUUUUACUACUUGCGAAUUUGGAUUUAAUUCUCAUAGCUAAAUUGUCUAACGCUUUUCGCUAAUGUCGGAAAUGUCUUAAACUUGAUUUCAUAGCAAUGCUCUAAAGGAGGCUGUCAUGGAGUUUGUGACUCUCGAUCGUGUCUGCAGCAAUGUGAUGCCGGUAAUUGCAUCAUGGAAUGCAAUGGAAUGCAAUGCCAGCUUAAUUGCACGGGUGGAGGCUGUAACCUUACAUGUCCUGAUGGAGCAUUGUGCAAACUACACUGUGGAGCUCAUCAAAACUGUACUAUCACAAGAAAAGUGAAGCCAAGAAAAUUUGGCCACUUGACUGCGACAGUCAAUGGCUGCAGCUUUGAUCCCUGUAGGACUCUCUUUAUGGUUGUCACGACCGUUAUGUUUUUGUCCUCUUAGGGUGAUAACUGCAGCAAUCAGUAAAUCGAGGAGGUACAGAUUUUCUUUAACACAUCUUUCAAAACAAUCUGUGCGAGAAACUGUGGGUCAACAACUUUACUUUACAAUUUAUAGGCUUUGUUCAUGUUGUCUCCCACAGUCAUGACUUGCAGGAAGUGUACAUCACUCCAGUCUUAAGACCUUUCCGACAAGAUAGGUCAGUUCGAGUGGAAAAUAUGUUUUUUGUUCGGGCUUGACUCUCACUGAGACAAGUUGCACACGUGUGCCGUAUACCAACCCACGGCCUGGCCUGAGUACCUAACGCAUACGCACAGCCGUAUCACUAAGGUCGUGGCAGCCAUGAAAAGCUGUUCACCCUUAUUAGGGCUCACGUGUUCAACGACCCUUUCCUUUCCAGGCAAGUAUAAAGUACUCCUUUAAGCGUCAGCUCAACACAACACGUAUGGGAGCUGUUGGCUGGGCAGUUUUCCCACGGCAUGCGCUGGGAAGGCGGACCAGCAUUUUUGCCGAUCUGUGCGCCAGUAAAUCCAGUAAGACAAACUGGCCAGGAGGUGGGUUGGUGUUCGUGUGUCACCUGCUUU